UCAGUGUUUGUGCUGCUGGCAGAAUACUCGUCUGGUUCGUCUGUAUCCACAACACGUUGGGAGUAUGACACAGACAGUGCAGACGAAUGGGGUGCAACCCCUCAGUAAGACAUGGGAACUCAGUCUGUAUGAGCUACAGAGGACCCCACAGAGCCAAGAGGCCAUCACAGAUGGGCUGGAGAUAGCCGUGUCUCCCAGGAGCCUCCACAGUGAGCUGAUGUGUCCCAUCUGUCUGGACAUGCUGAAGAACACCAUGACAACCAAGGAAUGUCUGCACCGAUUCUGUGCCGACUGCAUCAUCACCGCCCUCCGAUCAGGCAACAAGGAAUGCCCUACGUGCAGGAAGAAGCUGGUGUCUAAGCGGUCCCUGCGGCCGGACCCUAACUUUGAUGCCCUCAUCAGUAAGAUCUACCCCAGCAGAGAUGAGUACGAGGCCCACCAGGAGAGGGUUCUGGCCCGCAUCUCCAAACACAACAACCAGCAGGCCCUGUCCCACAGCAUCGAGGAGGGCCUCAAGAUACAAGCCAUGAACAGGCUGCAGCGAGGCAAGAAGCACCAGCUGGAGAACGGGAGUGGGCUGGAGGACAACGGUGACUCCUCCCACUGCAGCAACACCUCCGUCCACUCUAACCAGGAGGCGGGGCCGAGCAUCAAGCGUACCAAGACGUCAGAUGACUCUGGUCUGGACAUGGACAACGCUACAGAGAACGGAGGGGGAGGGGACGUGGCCAUGGACGGAGCCAGCGAGAUAGAACUGGUGUUCUGUCCUCACCCUACGCUCAUGGAGAAGGAGGACAACGUGCAGACCAGUGUCGAGUUUGUUCCCAGGUACAUCAAGACGUCGGGCAACGCCACAGUGGACCAUCUGUCUAAGUACCUGGCUGUGCGUCUGGCUCUGGAGGAACUGAGGAAGAACGGAGAGGCCAGCCCUGUCAAUGUAGACGCUGCCUCAGAGAAACAAUACACCAUUUAUAUCCCUACAGCCAACGGCCAGUUCACGGUGCUGAACGGGUCUUUCUCUCUGGAGCUUGUCAGUGAGAAGUACUGGAAGGUGAAUAAACCCAUGGAGCUGUACUUCGCCCCCACCAAGGAGCAUAAGUAGACCGACUGGAGUACACCUGGGGGGUAGACCGCCUGGAGUACACCUGGAGCACACCUAGGGGGGUAGACCGACUGGAGUACACCUGGGGGGGUAGACCGACUGGAGUACACCUGGAGCACACCUGGAGCACACCUAGGGGGGUAGACCGACUGGAGUACACCUGGAGCACACCUGGAGCACACCUGGGGGGUAGACUACCUGGAGUACACCUGGAGCACACCUGGGGGGUAGACCACCUGGAGCACACCUGGGGGGGUAGACCACCUGGAGCACACCUGGGGGGGUAGACCACCUGGAGCACACCUGGGGGGGUAGACCACCUGGAGUACACCUGGGGGGGUAGACCACCUGGAGUACACCUGGGGGGGUAGACCACCUGGAGUACACCUGGGGGGGUAGACCACCUGGAGUACACCUGGGGCACCCUAUUUCCUAUGUAGGGCUUUGGUCUAAAGUAGUGCACUAUAUAGGGAAUAGGGUGCCCUUUAGGACUCAGCCCUGGAUGAGACCUGCCAGGAGGACGAGGUGUCUAAUGGACUCUCUCAACAUCUAUACAUCUCUCUCUCUCUCUACAUCUCUAUCUACAUCUCUCUCUACAUCUCUCUCUCUCUCUCUCUACAUCUCUCUCUCUCUACAUCUCUCUCUCUCUCUCUCUACAUCUCUCUCUCUACAUCUCUCUCUCUACAUCUCUCUCUCUCUACAUCUCUCUCUACAUCUCUCUCUCUACAUCUCUCUCUCUCUCUCUCUACAUCUCUCUCUCUCUCUCUACAUCUCUCUCUCUCUACAUCUCUCUCUACAUCUCUCUCUCUCUCUCUCUACAUCUCUCUCUCUCUCUCUCUACAUCUCUCUCUCUCUCUCUCUACAUCUCUCUCUCUCUCUCUACAUAUCUCUCUCUCUCUACAUCUCUCUCUCUCUACAUCUCUCUCUCUCUCUCUCUACAUCUCUCUCUCUCUCUCUACAUCUCUCUCUCUCUCUACAUCUCUCUCUCUCUACAUCUCUCUCUCUCUCUACAUCUCUCUCUCCAUCUCUCUCUCUCUCUACAUCUCUCUCUCUCUCUCUCUACAUCUCUCUCUCUCUCUACAUCUCUCUCUCUCUCUACAUCUCUCUCUCUGUCUGGUGUGAAUUUGUUGGUAACAUCUUAGUAUAGGGGGUAUGUAUCUGAUAUAGUCACUAGCCAUGCAGAACCUCUUCGUAAGCAUUACAGAGACGUCACUGCAAUUCCAGGGUGGUGUCCAGGAGGGUGUCCAGGAGGGCACUGCAUACUGAACGCUGCUGCUAGAAAUGGAUUUGUCAUGAUUCCUUACUCUACAUGUCAGAGUAUGUUCUCUCUGUCUCUACAUCGCUCUCUCCAGGGCUGUCUACCUGCUCUCCUAAUACUGAGGUGGUACCUGGUAGUUUCAGGGCCUUCUACCUGCUACCUGCUCUCUGUGUUUAGGUCCUAAUACUGAGGUGGUACCUGGUAGUUUCAGGGCCUGCUACCUGCUCUCUGUGUUUAGGUCCUAAUACUGAGGUGGUACCUGGUAGUUUCAGGGCCUUCUACCUGCUACCUGCUCUCUGUGUUUAGGUCCUAAUACCGAGGUGGUACCUGGUAGUUUCAGGGCCUUCUACCUGCUACCUGCUCUCUGUGUUUAGGUCCUAAUACUGAGGUGGUACCUGGUAGUUUCAGGGCCUUCUACCUGCUACCUGCUCUCUGUGUUUAGGUCCUAAUACCGAGGUGGUACCUGGUAGUUUCAGGGCCUUCUACCUGCUACCUGCUCUCUGUGUUUAGGUCCUAAUACCGAGGUGGUACCUGGUAGUUUCAGGGCCUUCUACCUGCUACCUGCUCUCUGUGUUUAGGUCCUAAUACUGAGGUGGUACCUGGUAGUUUCAGGGCCUUCUACCUGCUACCUGUGUUUAGGUCCUAAUACAGAG